GACCCCUCCACUCCACCCCUCUAUCUCUUCCUCCGUCCGGAGCACAGGUGGGCAACGCAGCUUAGGUAAUAGCUCGAGCGGCUGGACCUCCCUAUCUCGCACAUCCAACACCUUCCCUGUGUCUCCCUAUCUGCGAGGUAGAGCAGCCCAGCGUUGCUACCUCAUGGGUCCCCUACCUAUCUAUCUAUAUAGUAGCAGCUCGUCCCCUUCUCUUAUUCCCUAAACUUCCUCUCUUCUCUUCCACGUUUCCCCUUUUCCUUUACUAUACCCUCGUGGUUUCUACCCCAGAUCUUUGUAGCCCAACAAUGGUGUUCUUCCUCGAUUAUAUCCAGCACAAACGGGACUGCAAGUUCAAGCAGGAUGAACGCGCCGAGAGGAUCCGGGCCUUAGCCCAAUAUCACGGCCCCUUCACCGCGCAGGACCGCGACAUUAUCAACAAGCCCAUCGAGCAGCUCGUGCAAGGCGUACAUAAGGGCGAGCUACAGCCCAUCGACCUCUUACAAACCUACGGCAAGGUAGCGCUAAAGGCACAUGAGAAGACAAACUGCCUUACUGAAGUUAUGAUCUCUGCAGCCGAGGGUUGGGUCCAAGACGGUUCCAUCAACUUUAGCGGUCCGCUGGCCGGCAUUCCGGUGAGCUUGAAGGACACUAUCAAUGUCGGCGGCUUCGACUCGACUGUCGGAUACAGCAGUUUUGUGGGGAACAAACCAGAUCAGGACGGUGCCACCGUCCGGCUGCUCAAGGAUGCUGGCGCUGUGCCCUACGUCAAGACUAACCUGCCCAUCACGCUGCUCAGCUUCGAGUCCACGAACGACGUCUGGGGGCGAUGCACCAAUCCCCAUAACAGCAAGUACUCUCCGGGCGGGUCAACGGGGGGUGAGGCCGCACUCCUAGCGCUGGGCGGAAGGAUCGGCAUCGGGAGUGAUGUCGCUGGGAGCGUCCGAGCUCCGGCCCACUUCUCCGGCAUCUACAGCCUCCGGUGCUCGACCGGGCGGUGGCCCAAGGCCGGCUUCGCGACGAGCAUGCCCGGCCAAGAGGGUAUCCCGAGCGUCUACAGCCCCAUGGCCAGAACCCUCAACGACCUGACCUACUUCACCGGCGCUCUGAUCGGCAUGCAACCUUGGAAGUACGACGGGUCCGUGCAUCCUCUUCCCUGGAGGUUGGAGGUGGAGCAGGAGUACCUGACAAAGAGCAAGUUCCGCGUGGGUGUGAUGAGGACAGACGGGGUGGUGGACCCGAGCCCGGCAUGCGUGCGGGCGUUAGAAAUAACGGAAGCCGCCUUGAAGCAGGCCGGGCACGAGAUCGUCGAGAUCGACCCCCCGUCACCGUACGAAGCGCUUUAUCUUGGCGCACACCUACUCAACGCUGACGGCUGCCAAAUGUUCAAGUCCUUUUUCCGGUACGGAGAAUGGGACGAUCCGGGAGCUGAUCAGAUGGACUGGCUCAUGCGGCUCCCACGGCCGUUCAAGUUCCUCUACUAUCUGUGGGUCAAGUACGUCCGGAAGGACGACGUCUGGGCCGGCCUCGUCAAGGACUGGCACCCGAAGUCGGCGUUCGAGAACUGGAAGCUGGUAGCGAGGCGAGAAGCCUACAAGGUCAAGUGGUUCGACUGGUGGAAUAGCGUCGACGUCGACUUCCUCAUCACGCCCCCCAACGCGACCCCGGCGGUUCCUCACGACGGCAUGAAGGACGCCGUCAGCAGCUGUGGCUACACAUUCCUCUUCAAUCUUCUCGACUACGCAUGCGGUAUCAUCCCAGUGACCCACGUCGACAAGAACCUUGAUAAGCUACCGUCCACGUUCAACAUCAAGAAGCUGAACGGGGUUGCCCAGGGCGCGUACAAGCUGUACGACGCCGAGGCCAUGCACGGACUGCCGGUCGCGAUCCAGGUCGUCGGUAGGAGGCUCGAGGAGGAAAAGGUGCUCGCUAUCAUGAAGAGAGUCGAGGAUGCACUCGGAGAUGACAAAUACGACCUACUUGACAUCGACUGAUUCAUCGACGGAUACGUAUAUAGUCCCCGUCUGGGGUUGUAAGAACUACACGGAGUAGCGUUAUAUACCGGUGCCGUGAGAUGCCUACCUACCUAGGUACCCAUCCCCUUUCGGUAUCUGCCCCUAUUCGUAGAAGUUCAAAGGGGGUUGGCUCAGCAGGCAGGGCAGCUCAGCACCCUGCUGGGAAUAAACCAAGAGAGCUACACAAAGCACAAGAAACCAAAAAAGAGAAAAUAAUUGGUAACUACCUAAUCUCCAUUCCAUUUCCCAUG